AUGCUCUGUGGAAGACCUCUGAAGAGGGACCGACAGAGGGAGCUGCUGGGUCACAUGACCAACGAGUUGAAUGUGUGCAUGCGGGGAGGAAAAGGAAAAGAGGAACAAUCCGUUCGAGACUCCCGCUCUCUCUCUCUUGCACCCACACUCUCGCUCUCCCUCUCAACCACUCUCCUCAAUGGAGGCCAUCAGGAGAAAGCAGGUAUGAUGCUUACUGCAAGCGCAUAUUUACCACAGGGAAGGGGACGUUAGCCUACUCUGGGCUGUGAAGCCAGACUUCAGAGUCCAUGACAGCAGGCUUGAACAGAGAGUUUGAUCAGUAAUCAAGGCUUUUUCAGCCUGAUGUGAUCUAUGACUACAGCAUUUCAUAUGGCAGCAAGCCGCUACUACCCUGUGGUGAAGUGGUUAGUAAUGCACUGUGUUCACCUGUGUCAGGUGUUAGAAUAAUGGAUAUUUGAGUUUCACAAAGGUGUUUCGUGGGUCCUGCUGUCUGGGAAAUCUCCAUUGAUUGAUAGCUGUGUUUGGAGCAUUGACACAGUAGGCUGGAGAUGAAUGCACUCAGGGCAGAGGACUGACUUCUUAGAAAUCUCAAAUGGUGUUCCUCCCGGCCUUUCCGGCAGGCACUCCAGGACUCGGACCCAUCCUCGUUUUACUCCUCUCGCUUUCCUUCUCUUUCUCUUUGCAGCCCUACCGUCUCCUUCAGGAAAAGGCCAAGGAGGUACCGCAGGGAAAAUGUCCCAUAUGGUCAAAUACACACUGGCGAGAAACCGAAGAAAGAUGAAUGACUGCAGGAUAAUCCUGUGCAAUAGUCAGGCUCAGGACUCAGGUCUUAUAAUACCAUAGCCUCAGUGCUGUUCCGCACCAUCUUCAGUAUCCAGUGUGAUGGUGCCUGCAUUUUGCACUCAUAAUGGCUUUGUAACAGUAGUUGAUUUUUCACAUUGUUUCAAGUCCAAACUCCUCGCUUUUUGUUCAUGCAGCCGACUUGUUGUGAAUUGAAUGAUACAAAUAAUCUUAGAGGAAAGAGAAGGCGAUCUUCAAGAUGUUGAUGGUCAUUGCUCAAUAGCUGUUUUACCCAUUGUUAAUGAGUCUUUUGUUUAGGGUGUUGUUCUCUGGGGCGCUGGGCAGUCUAACACCUGUGAUAGGAGGAGGCUAUAUUGUUGUUUACAUUGCUAGGCUUUAUUAGUAGAUGUUUUCUAAUCGUUCACAACCUUUCAAUAGCUAGACAAGCCUAAUUCAGGGGGCUGGUGUCAGAACCCACAACCCAAGAUAGACUUUAGUCAUGUAGCUAGCUGUGUUCUAAUAGCUAUAGGCUGCACUGACCUCACUGCCAUUAGAUUUAUUUUUGGAAGAAAUGGUUGGCAGAUGCAGUCAUUUUUAAAUGACAGUGUCUGAUAUGAACAUUUUAUAAGCCGGUUUUGUUUUUUACAAUAUCUUAUUUUUUGGCAUUGUUUUUUUUAACAUGCUUUUGUUAUGUAGCCUACAUUUGUAAUGAUUCUGAUAUAUUUGUAUUUUCUCAUGUUGGCUAAUUCUUUAUUAGAACCAAUAGGUGAAUCUGCCUUUGAGCUCCCAUCCCCCACCCAUGUAAAUCCUGGACACAUGUCCCCCACCUAGUGGAAAUGUGCAGCGUUGGCCACGUUGUGUCAGUAAACAAUCUGGUUACGAAAUGGCGGAGAUCUGCAGACGGUCCUCUCUCUCUCCUCCCCCUCCCUUUCUCUCUCCAAUGUGCAAGUUCCCUUUUCACCCACUAGGGGCAGGACUGAGGACAUAGAGAAGCACGAUUAGAGGAGGUUUCUUGAAUCUAUGAAGGAAUACGAAAGGUUUUCUCCCCUCAUACCUGUGUCGACCACACACCUUGGAAUCUGUAACUCUGGAACCCCUUCUCUUCUACCUGGUCUCAUGUGAGAAUACCUCAGAGAUCCUUUUUCUUUGGGUGCCUUUGAUAGUUAUCAGCUUGCUCUUGGGUGCAAGUCUCUCUUUUAGACGAGCAAGACCAACUUUCCCUGUAACUGUUGUAAAAGCUAAAUUGCUAUCUGAUUGAUGUUGGAAGACUUACUUUAGCCUACGUGAUUGUGAUUUUUCAUAAAAAAUCGAAGUAGCACUAAAUCUAAGGCAUUUCUCUCAUAACCGAGAGGAGAGAGCAGGAUAAGGCAGAGUGCUCAGAAUACCAAUGGAUUUGUCUGUUGAUCCACUGAGCUAUGUGUGGCAAGAGCUACAGACAGAGCAACAGACAGGCCACUAUAUUGACAUGCAUGCAUCUGCCUGACAGAGGACACCGGUGUCUUUGUCCACUGGGGUGUCAGUGGUCUUAGACAAUUCACACAGCCCUUUGCUUAGACUUAAGGCAAAUAAGCCUUAAUGAAUUAUCAGCCUUGGGUCAAUGUUCUGUCAGGUGCAGCUCCAGCGCAGGGUCUCCUGGCAAAAGGUCUCCUGAGUUUGUCGGUCAGACUCUGCUCUCCCUUCAAAUCUAGCAGCUAGCCUUAGGUGACUUUAAUCUGACAGGCAUUGGCCAGGCUAAUCCUGAAGGACACAUUGAAACGAGAGGCCUCUCUGUAACCAAUCCAAUAGGUCCAGUCCUCUUCAGCUCCUGAUGAUGGCAGGGUGCCAAGAGGUGGGGGCCAUCCUGUGGCGAGGGGACUGUGGGGGAGGUGGCCGUGGACAGCUGGUGAAGGAGGCUAAUGCUAGGCUAGGCUAUAUCCUCCAAUACCAAAGCACUGCACAACCUUCCCACUCUUAGCCAACAUAAAACUCUGUGUAAUGGCUCCCCUGGUGGAAACUGAGAGAAGGGCAUCUUUUGUUGCGAGAGCAACAUUAGGAGCAGACAUUUUGUGGUGGUUUUAGAGGCAGGUGUCUGAUGGGGUUUCCAAUUGGAAGGCAAAGCUUUUGCGACGGGCCUGCGUUUUCAGGGGGGAGGGGAAGAUGGUGAAUUUCCUUCCAUUGCGGAAUUCUCUGACCUGCUUCCUCUUCUGAGGUUUUCAGACGUUCUGUAGCAGAAAUACAGGUUGGAAAACCUGUCGGUUUGUAAAGGUGGAUCCACUGGUAUAACUGCAUGUCCUCUUCUUUAUCUUCUGUCUGAUUUAUCUGUUCAGUUUUUUUUCCCUGGGCCUGUCUGGUUCAUGGUGUCUGCUGUCUUUAUCCUUUGUUUGUUUUGUCUGGUGCUGCUGAAGGAAGAUUGCAUUAGCUGCUUGUAUUGAAAGAGAUGAGACAGAAUAAGGCAAGGCAAACAAGAACAGAUUAUGGAUUGUUUCUUGUCCCUGAAUAGGUCUUCACCAUAAUCAUCAUAGUUGAUUUGUGGUUCUGGUGCUAAUCUGAGGAAGUUGGCCUUGUGCUACACUGUUAGAAGGGGUUCUCAAUCACAUUGUAUUUGAGUAUCUGAAGUAUGAUGACAGUUGGUUGAGCAUGAGAUGCUUCCUCUGGAGGUUUGAGAUGUUGGAGGUAAAGCCGUUCAGUAGGCAGCUCUCUGGAGGAGGAGAGGAGACACUGUUUGAUUCCAUUCCCAUUGCAGAGCAGCGGCCAAAACUGGGCCUUCAGCCAAGCAUGUCAGCAGAGCGUAGUUAGUGACGCUAAGGGCCUGAAUACAGAGGGCCAGAGAGAGGGAGCAGAGCACCGCCUUUCUUCCUGUUUGACCUCGGUGGUUAAAGAAUUAGUAAUCUGUAGUGUGGUGGUCCUGGAUCCCACAUGGGGAAUUUCCCAUAGUGAAGGUGCCUAGUCCCCUGUAGCUCAGUUGGUAGAACAUGGCGCUUGCAACGCCAGGGUUGUGAGUUUGUUUCCCACGGGGGGCCAGUAUGAAAAUGUAUGCACUCACUAACUGUAAGUCGCUCUGGAUAAGAGCGUCUGCUAAAUGAGUAAAAUGUAAAAAAUAUAAAAUGUGUCGUUUCUACCAUGUCUGUCCAGCCAGUGUCUGUCAUGUCAUUUCAGCAAGCCAUGACACCUACCAUCUCAGAUUGUUCUGAAAUUCUUUCAAUUUGAAGCUAAUUGAUUGCACCCAAAUUGGCCAUUUCAAUUUAUAGGAUUAAUAUAAUAUUAAAUAAAUAUAGUACCCAACAUCCGAUUUGGACCAAACCUUUUCUUAACCCCCACCACCACCAUAAAUUAGUGUGAAAGUACCAAGUUUGGCCCACUAGGUGCCGCUGUUCAUGUUACUGCCACACCAUUUUAUAAAUUUAGCUGAUCUCUUCUGUUUAUCAAAUGGAUCACAAUGUUGUCUUUGCAACUUUGGGUAGAAAACCAAAUAAAUGAUGUGGUCAUCCUCACAAGUCAAGCCAGUCCUUCAUGAAAGCAAUUCAGUUUGUCUUUCUCUUAGCAACCUAAUGCUUCAACUAGGGAUGCACAAUAUAUCGGUAAGCAUAUCGGAAUGGGCCGAUAUUAACUAAAAAUGCCAGCAUCGGCUCUAUGUAUAGUUUAACGCCGAUGAGCAAAACUGAUGUCAAAGCAGACGUGAAUACCUGUAUAACGUAGGUAGAUGACGUAAUGAUGCCAUGAAAAAUACAGCGCUACACGUGCAACACAGCAUUCUUAACCUAGCCCACAAUGUCUGCUGUGUGGAUCUAUUUUGAAGUUUCGAAGGAAGAUAACAGAAAGGCCAUAUGCUACGUUUGUGCUGCUAUUAUUUCCCGAGGAGGGGAGAAAGUGAAAUAUUUCAAUACCACAAACCUAAUUACUCACUUGAAAGUGCAACACCCCCAGACGUUGAGCGACUACUUAGAACAAAAGCAGAAAAAAACUAUAAGCGCACACUUCCAACAACUAAACAAGGUCAAGUCGAGCAGUCAUUUGAAAGAGUAAGAACAUUUCAGCGAGACAACUCAAACGCAAAAUCCAUUAAUGCCGAGAUAAUGGAAUUCAUUGCCCUUGACAAUCAACCGUUCUCUGUCGUGGAUGAUGUUGGCUUUUGCCGACUGGUCGAGCACCUCGAGCUCCGUUACACACUACCAAGGAGGCGCAAUUUGUCAGAUGUUUCCCUACCGGAGUUACACAGUAUUGUUGAAAUGCACAUCCAUGAGCUACUUGCUAUGGGUGUCACUGCUAUUAGCUUCACAACUGACAUUUGGACCAGCGAUGUCAGCCCCAUGAGCAUAAUGAGUCAGCACAGUGGGUCGACAAGGAUUUCGUACUGAGGAAAGCCGUAUUGCAUUCUCAAGAAUGUGCUGGUUCUCAUACCGCUGCUGCCAUUUCAAUGGCAUUUGAGAACAUGUUUGAAGCUUGGAAAAUCCCCAAGAACAAAGUACACGCUGUGCUACGUGAUAAUGCACGUAACAUGACAAAGGCUUUGGAAGAAUGCGGAGUCGCCAGUUUGCCAUGCAUGGCACACACGCUGCAACUGGCUGUGAACUAAGGUGUUUUGGCCCAACACACCGUAUCUGACACAGUGGCAACAGGUAGGAAGAUAGUGGGUCAUUUUAAACACUCACAGCUAGCAUACAGCCACUUGCAAGCAAUACAGGAGCAUCUUGGAGUGAAAAAGAGAAGGCUGAAGCAAGAUGUUUCCACCAGAUGGAACAGUACCUUUUACAUGAUGGAGAGCCUGCUGGAACAAAAAUGAGUGCUUGGCGUGUACGCAGCCAACUAUGAGUUACCUGCAACAAUCAGUACAAACCAGUGGACUCUCAUUGAAAACAUGAACACACUCCUAGCUCCAUUCGAACAACUGACUUAAGAAAUAUGUUCAUCAACUGCGUCUGCAGCAGACGUGAUACCCUCUGUCAUGGCAUUGAAACGCCUGCUCAACAAAACUGCCGACACAGACCGUCGGGUUAAAACUUGCAAAAGUACUCUACUAGAGGCUGUGAACAAGUGAUUCGGUGGCAUUCACUCUGAGCCUCUUUACUGUGUCGCCACCAUGCUUGAUGCUAGGUACAAGGACUGCUACUAAUUAAUUGCAAAGUCCCUCUUUGCCAUGUAAAUGAACUUAAUCCCCCCCAAAAAACAUUUCCACUGCAUUUCAGCCCUGCCACAAAAGGACCAGCUGCCAUCAUGUCAGUGAUUCUCUCGUUAACACAGGUGAGAGUGUUGACGAGGACAAGGCUGGAGAUCACUCUGUCAUGCUGAUUGAGUUAGAAUAACAGACUGGAAGCUUUAAAAGUGGGUGGUGCUUGAAAUCAUUGUUCUUCCUCUGAUAACCAUGGUUACCUGCAAGGAAACAAGUGCCGUCAUCAUUGCUUUGCACAAAAAGGGCUUCACAGGCAAAGAUAUUGCUGCUAGUAAGAUUGCACCUAAAUCAACCAUUUAUCGGAUCAACAAGAACUUCAAGGAGAGAGGUUCAAUUGUUGUGAAGAAGGCAUCAGGGCGCCCAAGAAAGUCCAGCAAGCGCCAGGACCGUCUCCUAAAGUUGAUUCAGCUGCGGGAUCGGGGCACCACCAGUGCAGAGCUUGCUCAGGAAUAGCAGCAGGCAGGUGUGAGUGCAUCUGCACGCACAGUGAGGCGAAUACUUUUUGAGGAUGGCCUGGUGUCAAGAAGGGCAGGAAAGAAGCCACUUCUCUCCAGGAAAAACAUCAGGGACACACUGAUAUUCUGCAAAAGGUACAGGGAUUGAACUGCUGAGGACUGGGGUAAAGUCAUUUUCUCUGAAUCCCCUUUCCGAUUGUUUGGGGCAUCUGGAAAACACCUUGUCCGGAGAAGACAAGGUGAGCGCUACCAUCAGUCCUGUGUCAUGCCAACAGUAAAGCAUCCUGAGACCAUUCAUGUGUGGGGUUGCUUCUCAGCCAAGAGAGUGGGCUCACUCACAAUUUUGCCUAAGAACACAGCCAUGAAUAAAGAAUGGUACCAACACAUCCUCCGAGAGCAACUUCUCCCAACCAUCCAAGAACAGUUUGGUGACGACCAAUGCCUUUUCCAGCAUGAUGGGGCACCUUGCUAUAAGGCAAAAGUGAUAAAAAGUGGCUUGGGGAACAAAACAUCAACAUUUUGGGUCCAUGGCCAGGAAACUCACCAGACCUUAAUCCCAUUGAGAACUUGUGGUCGAUCCUCAAGAGGCGGGUGGACAAACAAAAACCCACAAACUCCAAGCAUUGAUUAUGCAAGAAUGGGCUGCCAUCAGUCAGGAUGUGGCCCAUAAUUUAAUUGACAGCAUGCCAGGGCGGAUUGCAGAGGUCUUGAAAAAGAAGGGUCCUACCCUGAAAAUAUUGACUCUUUGCAUAAAAUUAAUGUAAUUGUCAAUAAAAGCCUUUGACACUUAUGGAAUGCUUGUAAUUAUACAAAAGUAUACCAUAGUAACAUCUGACAAAAAUAUCUCAUAACACUGAAGCAGUGAACUUUGAAGACCAAUACUUGUGUCAUUCUCAAAACUUUUGACCACGACUGUACUAUUCCCAGGAAUGAAGAUGCACUUGGAUACUGGAGAAGUAACAAACACUGUUUCCCCAUCCUAGCUAAAGCUGCGCGCAAGUAUCUUGGUGCUCCCUGUACUAGUGUGGAUAGUGAGCGCCUUUUCAGUGCAGCUUCACACAUGGUAGAAACCGACUCUCUUGUGACAAAGCCGAGCAGGUCCUCUUUGUGAAGAAAAACGUUCCCCAAAUGUAAAGAUUGUUAAUGGGCAGUCCUAUUGUAACCCAGCCAUCUAGAGUCAUUGGAAAAAAAUGGACUAAGCACAAUGGCUUUUCUGUUGUUUAUUCAUGGCUGGUAUAGGUCAAGAUUUUCAUUUAAUUUAAAACAAAGCAGUUUUGUUCUUUUUGUUUUUUAAAUUUCCUUAAUGAAAGAUGAGGUGUUGUAAAUGUGCUCGCAUUUUACUAGUCAAGUCAGUUGAGCACAUUUGAAAAGUUUAAGUAGGGCCAUUUAUAGCAGUUUAUGACAGCCUAGAGACAGUAAUCUUUUCAAGUGGCGCAGUGGUCUAAGGCACUGCAUCUCAGUGCUUGCGGCGUCACUACAGACCCCCUGGUUCGAUUCCAGGCUGUAUCACAACCGGCCAUGAUUGGGAGUCCCAUAGGGCGGCGCACAAUUAGCCCAGCGUCCUCCGGGUUUGGCCGGUGUAGGCCGUCAUUGUAAAUAAGAAUUUGUUCUUAACUGACUUGCCUAGUUAAAUAAAGGUAAAAUAAAAAUAUUUUCAAGCAGUUAAAGCUAAAAUGAUUAACUGCAUUUUAGUUUAAACCAAUAUUUAUUUCAAAACAUUUUUAAGUUUCUCCAUACAGUCAAGAUUGGAUAGUAAGAAGCGCCACCAACAACUUAACCAUCUUUGUAAUGUGGGGCAGCUAAAAUAUUUGUAUCAUGAAUAUCUGUUGUGCGAUAAAAUACAUUCAUGGAUUGGACGGACAUCACCAUUUUCACUGAGAAUACAUGACAUAGUAUGAAUAAACAAUACACCAAGCCACAGCUUCAUACUACUGAUAUAUACUGGCCUUUGGGGUGGGCUUGGUUUUGGGUCCGUGGGUGGCUUUUGGCCAUUUUUCUUAAUUCCUCAUGUCUUAUUCAUUGUUCGGAAGAAGUUUUGUCCAAAGUUAGGUACUAUAUUUAUUGAACAUUUUAUAUGCGUCCUAUGAAUUAAAAUGGCCAAUUUGAGUCAAUCAAUUAGCUUAAUUUCUCAGAGAGAAAAUUAUAUUUCAACAAAAUAAUGUUGCAGGAAUGCUAAUCUGCUCUGUUUCUUAACUACAGACGUGAUUUCAGAACAAUAUAAGAUGGUGGGUGUCAAAAUCCUCUUUCUUGUGCUCUUUCAGGUGGAAUGAUCCAUUAGGCUAUGUAGUGUUGUUCAUGAGUUAUGUUCUGUGUCUGUUUAUAGCCACUCAGAGCUAUAGGCUAUUUCAGCCAUGGGAUCAUAAACUUCACAUAAUACUUCAAACUGUGGAUUCUUUGGAAUAUGUAGGCUAAGCUUAAAAAUCGUGUGAAAUUGUGGACAUUCUUAGGUUUAUGAAUGCAUUCUGUUGGUCUGUAACCUCUCUAAACAGAGUAGGCCUGUAUUUUGCGUAGCAAGGCUGCUAAUUGUCCAGCAUGCUUUUGUAGGCUAUAUGACAUUCUCUGACCAUAUAGCUGUGUUCUUGACGCUGGGCAUGGAGUUAACAGUGUGUGUGUGCUGUCAGCCCACAGGUCUGGCCAAAGGCAGAGUGGGUAAAGGGGAGUCCAUGGAGGAGGGGAUGGAGUCACCUGGGGACCGAGAGGAGGAAGGAGAUGACUUCAUCUUUAAAGCCAUUACAGCUAAACAUGGUAAGGUUUACUCCUAGUCUUCGUCUCUUGGGCUAGCCUAACAUAAGACCAUACUGUGAAACUGACUGAUAUCUACUGUUUCAGACCCAUUGAGAGACGAGGAGGUAGCUGCCAGACUGGGAUCCUCCCCCGGAGCAGAGGAGGAGCUAAACGGAACCUAUGAGAGCGCAGAGGUGGGAAACGGACACCAGUGCCCCACCCCCCUGGCCUCCCAGGGCGACAAGUCUCAGGUGGUCACAGAGAAUGGGAUGUUGGAGACCGACCCACCUCACGGUUCCAUCACCGGGAGUAAUGGAUACAUCCUCAGCAAGCAGCAGCAGGAGGGGGGGUCUUCAACGGGGACAGGCUCGGUGGCUUCCCCACACAGGACUAGCUGGUUGCCCUCCGGCACCACAAUGGUGGGACACACCACCAAAACCUUCCUGUCCUCCGCAUCAGGGCACGCCCACAGUCCUGGCGCACUAAGAACUGACACCCACCAGGCCGGCUCCCCGUCGGGACAGGGGGGCUCAGACACAGAGACUAAAAAUGGCACGUCCCCUAGCGACUCCCCCGCCCCUUCUCCGCUGUCCAUCGCCAUACACCGAGCCCGCAAGACCAUGUCCAGGCCAGCAUCCAACCAGACACUAAAGGUAAUCAGUAUUAGCCUAGUAAAGAGGGAGUCGAUGAAUGUUUCAGGUAUUUGAGUGAGACAUAUGAGUGAAGUUCUACUAGAAUAUGAAGCAUAGCCACCAUUUGAUUCACUAAUAUUUUAUGUAUAUCCAUAGCUUCUAAACAGGGAAUUAAAAGAACCAAACGGUGCAGACGAGGAGAGUCAGAAUGGACCAGAGGAGGAGAAGACAUCCCCCUCCCAGAACCAGCUACCUCAGAGCCAAAACGACGUGCCGGCUGCAGCCACAGCCAAGUCCCAGACAGGUCAGAGAGACAGCACAGGGGCCUACAGUAGAGGGGAGAGGGUACAAGGCAAAUAAUGAUCACACAGCCCACACACACAGCAAAAAUUUUAUUCAGUUAUGUAAUGGCAGUACUUUGCUUACUGAAGGCGUCUGUGCACUGUGAUGUAAGAGGUUCAUGGCUUUUUGAACUUAAUUGGUUGCUCUUUUCCAGCAGCGUCGGUAUCGAGGAAGAAGAAACGGAAGAUGGGAACAUACAGUCUGGUCCCCAGGAAGAAAACCAAAGUGCUGAGGCAGCUGACAGUGCUGGAGAUGUUUAGUCAUCUUCAACAAUCGACUCAAAGCACACAGGUUUCACCUCUCCUCCAUAUACUAUUUUAACUGUUUUAGAAUUAAUGGAAAUUGGGAUGAAAUUUAUUAAAGUUUGGAUAUGUAGCUGUCAGCAUCAUGUAAUAUUUCUCUGCUCCCCCUCCCAGCCUAAAGAGGUAGCACACAUCAACGGGGAAAGGAUGGAGAAUGAGUCAGAGGAGGAAGAUUUGGAAGAUGGAGAGGAAUGGGAGGAAGAGGAGGAACAGGGUGGAGAGGAAGGUGUCCCCACAGGCCAGGAGAAGAGUCGAACAUCAAGCCCUGCCGUUCAGGUGGAAACCCAUUUACUUCAUUGUCUUAGUUUGUCUGUCUGCACCCCAGUUGAUAACCUAGAUAAAAUUAUGUUUCUAUUACAUUCAUAGAUAUCACAGGUAUAGAACCACAAAUCAAGGUAGGAAAUUCAAUUAAAUCCUUUACGAAUGGCCAAACUUCCUUGACAUUGUGUGAUACUUGUCUGUUCAGGGAGAGGAGCCAGACUCUGAGGAAUCCGCUGAAGAGGAAGAGGAAGAAGAGGAGAACGAGUCAGACUUGGUAAGAUCACACAACUAUUUUCACUUCUUUGAGUCCGUUGAUUAGAACAACAUCAACUAGCGUAAAGGAGUGUUUUUGUGAACCCAAAAAUUAUCAAAGCACAAUCUUGUCCUCAAUCAUGUUGUUCCACCACCAGACUGAGGAGGAGUACAUUGAUUGUCAUUGGAGAGAAUAGAACUUUACAUCUCUCAACUGAUCUGCUUACACACAGAGCUCGGAAUCCAGUGUGAAGAAGAGAUUGAAAAAGAAAGUAAAGGGAGACAACGCCUGGCUCCGGCCGUCCAGGAAACGGAAAAGGAAGCCCAAGCCCAAGACUGAGGGACUCCCUGGUACAGUAACCCACCACUCUGCCUUAUUAGGAACAUUAUGGAGACAUCUGAAUAUAUCUCCUACCUUUGACUUUCUGCUCCCUGUGCUAGCUAACUUUCCCUCCCCUUCCAGGCACAGGGCCCCAGCCCCAGGCCAGCCUCAAUAAGGAGUACACAGAGGUUCCCCUCCACUUAUUCAACCUCAAAGCCCAGGAGAAGCUGCUCUCCUCACUGCACACAGGUGAGUGAGGCCAUAGAGGAGUAGGUGAUGGGGGAGAAUAAGAGGAGUAGGAAGGGGGGUUGCGAACUGAACUGCCUGUUGGUAAGAUAAUUCCGCUGAGAUUUUCCCAUCCAUAGACUACCUUUAAUGUUUCUGAGGACUCCGAAAUGGUCUUGGUUUUAUGAGGCAAGGCCUCUGUCCUCUCCUCAAUGGACCAGAUGAGAGCAGCACUGAGAGCCCCCUGGUGGUGAUGUCUGUCAUAUAAAAUAUGAUCAAUAAGGGUAUAGAACUGUACCACUAUUGUAGCUCUUUGCAGUCUGUAUCUUUAUAAAUUAAUCUCUAUAAACUCUUGGAAAGCGCAGUAAACCUGUGUCUAGUUAUGGUCACAUUGACGUCUGUUGGAUGAGCUGAGUGGAUGGUCCUCUAUGCAGGAGUUUCUGGGGCUGUGGGAAGUGUGGAGCCAGAGAUGGUGCAGGAGCUGUCCCUCUGCAGCUGUCGCAUGGAGACGCCUAAGAGUCGGGAGAUCCUCACGCUGGCUGACAGGAAGUGCAUGGCCACGGAGAGCGUCGACCGACAGGUGAGCCUUGAUGCUAGGCCUCAUCCUAUUUUUGCACGUCAUUCCCUAUGUCCACUUACAGUGGGGGAAAAAAGUAUUUAGUCAGCCACCAAUUGUGCAAGUUCUCCCACUUAAAAAGAUGAGAGAGGCCUGUAAUCUUCAUCAUAGGUACACGUCAACUAUGACAGACAAAUUUAGAUUUUUUUUUCCAGAAAAUCACAUUGUAGGAUUUUUAAUGAAUUUAUUUGCAAAUUAUGGUGGAAAAUAAGUAUUUGGUCACCUACAAACAAGCAAGAUUUCUGGCUCUCACAGACCUGUAACCUCUUCUUUAAGAGGCUCCUAUGUCCUCCACUCGUUACCUGUAUUAAUGGCACCUGUUUGAACUUAUCAGUAUAAAAGACACCUGUCCACAACCUCAAACAGUCACACUCCAAGCUCCACUAUGGCCAAGACCAAAGAGCUGUCAAAGGACACCAGAAACAAAAUUGUAGACCUGCACCAGGCUGGGAAGACUGAAUCUGCAAUAGGUAAGCAGCUUGGUUUGAAGAAAUCAACUGUGGGAGCAAUUAUUAGGAAAUGGAAGACAUACAAGACCACUGAUAAUCUCCCUCGAUUUGGGGCUCCACGCAAGAUCUCACCCCGUGGGGUCAAAAUAAUUACAAGAACGGUGAGCAAAAAUCCCAGAACCACACGGGGGGACCUAGUGAAUGACCUGCAGAGAGCUGGGACCAAAGUAACAAAGCCUACCAUCAGUAACACACUACGCCGCCAGGGACUCAAAUCCUGCAGUGCCAGACGUGUCCCCCUGCUUAAGCCAGUACAUGUCCAGGCCCGUCUGAAGUUUGCUAGAGUGCAUUUGGAUGAUCCAGAAGAGGAUUGGGAGAAUGUCAUAUGGUCAGAUGAAACCAAAAUAGAACUUUUUGGUAAAAACUCAACUCGUCGUGUUUGGAGGACAAAGAAUGCUGAGUUGCAUCCAAAGAACACCAUACCUACUGUGAAGCAUGGGGGUGGAAACAUCAUGCUUUGGGGCUGUUUUUCUGCAAAGGGACCAGGAUGACUGAUCCGUGUAAAGGAAAGAAUGAAUGGGGCCAUGUAUCGUGAGAUUUUGAGUGAAAACCUCCUUCCAUCAGCAAGCGCAUUGAAGAUGAAACGUGGCUGGGUCUUUCAGCAUGACAAUGAUCCCAAACACACCGCCCGGGCAACGAAGGAGUGGCUUCGUAAGAAGCAUUUCAAGGUCCAGGAGUGGCCUAGCCAGUCUCCAGAUCUCAACCCCAUAGAAAAUCUUUGGAGGGAGUUGAAAGUCUGCGUUGCCCAGCGACAGCCCCAAAACAUCACUGCUCUAGAGGAGAUCUGCAUGGAGGAAUGGGCCAAAAUACCAGCAACAGUGUGUGAAAACCUUGUGAAGACUUACAGAAAACGUUUGACCUGUGUCAUUGCCAACAAAGGGUAUAUAACAAAGUAUUGAGAAACUUUUGUUAUUGACCAAAUACUUAUUUUCCACCAUAAUUUGCAAAUAAAUUAAUUAACAAUCCUACAAUGUGAUUUUCUGGAUUUUUUUUUCUCAUUUUGUCUGUCAUAGUUGACGUGUACCUAUGAUGAAAAUUACAGGCCUCUCUCAUCUUUUUAAGUGGGAGAACUUGCACAAUUGGUGGCUGACUAAAUACUUUUUUCCCCCACUGUGUCACAUUCCCUCCCUAUAUCUUUGGCUGCGUCCUGAUUAUCCACCACUUUCUACCUUUUCAUCCUUUGUUUCUCACUCAUACAUACCUCUUUCCGUCUCCUCACAGCUGAGCCGGUGUCAGAGUGCGGUUCUAAAGCAUGAGAUGAUGCGUCCCUCAAAUUCUGUGCAGCUGCUGGUGCUGUGUGAGGACCACCGGGCUGGCAUGGUCAAGCACCAGUGCUGCCCCGGCUGUGGCUUCUUCUGCAGUGCCGUGAGUACUGGAGCCUCCCUGGGGUGGGAAUGGGCAAACACUGCAUCUAUUGUGGAAAGUAUCUUCUAGUAAGCCAGGAAAAGCUCUUGGUCCUAAUUAUAGUGGUUAGGAAAAAACCUGGCCCUACUUAUAACACUGAACUAGCCAAGGCCUUUAUUCAUUCUGUGAUGAUUAUGGCCUUCCAAAACAUUAAAACAUUAGGAUUCUUCAAUGGCGGACACACUGACCUGGCUGUUUGGGUUGUAGGGGACCUUCAUGGAGUGCCAACCAGACAUCAACAUCUCUCACCGUUUCCACCGGGCCUGUGCCUCGGUGCUGAAGGGCCAGACCUUCUGUCCACAUUGUGGGGAGGAGGCUAGCAAGGCCAAGGAGGUCACCAUCGCCAAGGCCGACACCACCUCCACCGUGCCCGCCACACAUGCUUCACAUGACCCUGCCACACCCAGGACCGCAGAGGGCAGGGCAGACACCACCACUGGAGGGUAGGUUCACAGCACUGUUGGGGAUAAUGGGUUGGGGGGGGCUUCCAUUACAGUCAAUAGCAGGUAAAGAAAGGAGCCGAAUGACACAUUUUCAUCAAUACAUAGUUUCCUCCUAUUAUGUAUUGCUUUCAAUCUGGGAAGAUGACACUGGUAAUAUGAACAGUAUCACUCUUCUGUUGUAGUGAUCAGGCAUUGACCAUCCUUCUGUGUGUGUUUCAGUCCAUCCCGUCUCUCUGUGGGAGGUGAUCUGAGUGGCCAAGCAGACAGCUCUCUCUCCAUCCCACCUGGGCACACACUGGACACCACCUUCCCUGGGGGCUCCAGAACCGGAGUACUGCCUCCUGCUGUGGGCAUGGGGAUCGGCAUAGGAGUGGGAACCGCCCCUAAAGAGACCUUGGAGAGCAUCCUGCUGGCACUGGACACAGAGAAGUAAGACAUUCUACCAAGACUCGAGGUUGAAGAGUGCUGCUCUACCAUGCAAUUGUUUGAUUGUCCUGUUAGUAUUUCACUCUCUCACUACCGCCUCCUCACCAUAAGUCUCCUCUUGCUCUCACACUCUUAACCACUUUUAGUGUUACUAACAAGGUUUCGAUCCAACCUUUUUAUGCAAGUAGUAGAUUUACAUUGACAUUGUAGUCAUUUAGCAGACGCUCUUAUCCAGAGCAACUUACAGUUAGUGAGUGCAUACAUUUUUCAUACUGGCCCCCGUGGGAAACUAACCCACAACCCUGGCGUUGCAAGCGCCAUGCUCUACCAACUGAGCUACACGGGACAAUGUCGGAUAAAAAAUGGCACGACCCACCUGAUGGAAACGGCACAUUUGGCAGUGAACUUUCCAAAUGUCGACAAAACAAAUUAUGCCAGACAAGGUGGGAUAUUUUUGUCUUUAAAAUUAAUUAUGCGAGAAAGGGCGGUGGAAUCCCCUUUAUGCGCAUAUAUUGAUAUAAAAACCAUCAUAUCGAAGUAAACUUGGAGUCACGCGAUGGUAUGCUGUGUGGUCCUCCCACUACGACUUGGAAUAGCAUGCAGUUUAUUAGGCUACAGAUGAAAUAAGUUAUGAUCACAGGGUGGUGAAAGUGCACGGUGAUAAGCUUGAUGCUCCUUUCCAAUAAAUAUUGAGGAUUUUAUUCUGGGGACAUGAUUAUCAAUGCUUGACUGCCGUCUGACAAAUAAAAAUAAUCUCUCUCUUAUUCAAAAUAAUCUCAUGUAGAUAGCCUACCCGGACUGUAUCUGCGAGCUGUUGGCUAGAGCGCACCUGCCAAGGCCAGAGUGGGCACAUUUGUUAUAUAACGCAACAUUUGUUGUGACAAAACCAUCAGCAGAGUUGAAAAUGCGAUGGAAACCCAUUUUAACUUGUAUUUUUAUUCGGUACAUGGGAAUUUAACCGCAAAAGUUAUUUUAUGUGCGCUAUGUCAUCACGCACAGCCUUUUAUCUGCAACAAGUCAAUUUGAUGGAAACAUCUCUGGUGGGAAAAUGUGCGUUUUAAUGUGGAUUUUUGAAUAUUUGCAUGAAAAUCUGUCACCAAUUGGAUGGAAACCUAGCUAUAGGCACUGAAUAGCUAGGUUUACCAUCCAAUUGGUGACAGAUUUUCAUUCAAAUAUUCUGAAAUCUGCAUAAAAACAUUUAAUUUUUUUUACAUUUUAGUCAUUUAGCAGACGCUCUUAUCCAGAGCUCUUAUCCAGAGCGACUUACAGUUACUUACAGGGUUGUGGGAAUCGAACCCACAACCCUGGCGUUGCAAACGCCAUGCUCUACCAACUGAGCUACCUCCCUGCCGGCAAUUCCCUCCCCUACCCUGGACGACGCUGGGCCAAUUGUGCGCCGCCCCAUUGGUCUCCCGGUUGCGGCCGGCUACAGCAGAGCCUGGAUUCGAACCAGGAUCUCUAGUGGCACAGCUAGCACUGCGAUGCAGUGCCUUAGACCACUGCGCCACUCGGGAGUGGCUCCAAGUCUACAUUGAUAUGAUGGUUAUUGUAUCAAUAUUUGGGUACAAAGGCGUUUCCACUGCCAUUUUUCACAUAAUUCAUUUUAUAGACACAAAAAGAUUCCACUUUGUCUAGUGUAAUUUAUUUUGUCGACAUUUGGGAAGUUUAAUGACAAAUGUGCUGUUUCAAUCAGGCCUGUCGUGACCAUUUUUAUCCAACAUGUACUUUACUCACAAAAAGGUUGGAUGGAAGCCUGAUUAAUAAUAGCACUCACUUUCACUCAAUCUCACUCAUUCUCUGGGUAGGCAGACAGCUGGACGGACAGACAGACUUGUCUCUUGCCCUCUGACUCUAUGAUCCAUCAUCUGGCAUCCUUCCAGUUAGCUGAGGAACCAUCAACUCUGUUCUCUUAUAUCAAGGCGGAGUUGUUUUAAUGACUGGUCGCAGGAUUUGCUAGCAACAACAUUGUCACCAUCAGUCGAUUCUUGUAAAAAUGUUAAUUCUGAAAACGCUUACCUGUACAGACGGUAUGUUUGUCCUGUACAACUGCAGUCCUCCCGUGGGGAGUUGAAAUUCAUACUUUUUAAUAAAAACGUUUAGCAAAUACAACCAACUUUUUCAUUGUUGCUCGUACUACAUAUGGUGAUAUUCAAUUGGAACCGUGCUAUCCGGAAUCCUUGGGAUGUCCCUACCACAUUGAAGUUUACAUUUUAAAUGGUAGGGAUUAGGGUUUAGGGUAGGGAUGUCCCAAGGAUCCCGGAUAGCACGGACCCAAUUGAAUCUCAGCUUAUGUAGUAUGAGCAACGGGGAAAAGGUCAGUGGUCGUAUUCACUAAAAGUUAUUAGAAUAAUGAAUUUCAGCACCCCGCGGAAGGACCACAGUUGUACAGGACAAACAUAGGUACAGGUAAGCAUUUCCAGAAUUGCAUUUUUUUUACAAGAAUCAACUGAUGGUGAUUUUUUUUGUUUGUUGUGGGGGUAGAUAAGCUUAGUAUUGCAGAUAGAUGAUGUCCGUCCGGUUUGCUUAUAUAUGCCAUAUCUUUCUAACUGUUCUCUUUCACAAAAGCUCCCAACGUACAACCUAUAUACUUAUUAUGGACACAGUAUGCUUACAUUAUUAGUUAUCUUGUUAUUAGUUGUUAUUAGUCCCAUCAUUCAACUCCAUUCAACACCACCCAUCUAUCUCUUAACACCAUCCAUAUAGGAUUUAUAUUUGCCAUAUAUUUUUCAACUGUACUGUGAUGUUUUACAAUAGUUCUGAACCACAAUGUUGUUGCUAGCAAAUCCCGCAAGCAGUCAUAAAAACUAAACUCCGCCUUGAUAUACAGUGCAUUCGGAAAGUAUUCAGACCCCUUUACUUUUUCCACAUUUUUUUUACAUUACAGCCUUAUUCUUUUUUUUUUACUCGAAAUUGCGCUCAGGUGAAUUCUAUUUCCAUUGAUCAUCCUUGAGAUGUUUCUACAACUUGAUUGGAGUCCACCUGUGGUAAAUUCAAUUGAUUGGAUAUUAUUUGGAAAUGCACACACCUCUCUGUACAAGGUCCCACAGUUGACAGUGCAUGUCGGAGCAAAAACCAAGCCAUGAGGUCGAAGGAAUUGUCCAUAGAGCUCCGAGACAGGAUUGUGUCGAGGCACAGAUCUGGGGAAGGGUACCAAAACAUUUCUGCAGAAAUGAAGGCCCGCAAGAAUACAGUGGCCUCCAUCAUUCUUAAAUGGAAGAAGUUUGGAACCACCAAGACUCUUCCUAGAGCUGGCCGCCCGGCCAAACUGAGCAAUCGGGGAGAAGGGUCUUGGUCGGGGAAGUGACCAAGAACCCGAUUGUCACUCUGACAGAGCUCCAGAGUUUCUCUGUGGAGAUGGGAGAACCUUCCAGAAGGACAACCGUCUCUGCAGCACUCCACCAAUCAGGCCUUUAUGGUAGAGUUGCCAGACAGAAGCCACUCCUCAGUAAAAGGCACAUGACAGCCUGCUUGGAGUUUGCCAUAAUGCACCUAAAGGACUCUCAGACCAUGAGAAACAAGAUUCUCUGGUCUGAUGAAACCAAGAUUGAACUCUUUGGCCUGAAUGCCAAGCGUCACGUCUGGAGGAAACCUGGCACCAUCCCUACGGUGAAGAAUGGUGGUGGCAGCAGCAUCAUGCUAUGGGGAUGUUUUUCCGUGGCAGGGACUGGAGACUAGCCAGGAUUAAGGGAAAGAUGAACGGAGCAAAGUACAGAGAGAUCCUUGAUGGAAACCUGCUUCAGAGCGCUCAUGACCUCAGAUUGGAGCAAUGGUUCACCUUCCAACAGGACAACGACCCUAAGCACACAGCCAAGACAAUGCACGAGUGGCUUCGGGACAAGUCUCUGAAUGUCCUUGAGUGGCCCAGACAGAGCCCGGACUUGAACCCGAUCGAACAUCUCUGGAGAGACUUGAAAAUAGUUGUGCAGCGAUGCUCCCCAUCCAACCUGACAGAGCUUGAGAGGAUCUGCAGAGAAGAAUGGGAGAAACUCCACAAAUACAGGCGUGCCAAGCUUGUAGUGUCAUAUCCAAGAAGACUCGAGGCUGUAAUUGUUGCCAAAGGUGCUUCAACAAAUUACUGAGUAAAGGGUCUGAAUACUUAUGUAAAUCUUAUUUCAGUUUAAUUUAAUUUGCAAACAUUUCUAAAAAAACAGUUUUUGCUUUGUAAUAAUAGGGGUUUGUGUGUAGAUUGAGGGGAAAAAAACAAUUUAAUCAAUUUUAGAAUAAGGCUUUAACGUAACAAUGUGGAAAAAGUCAAGGGGUCUGAAUACUUUCCGAAUGCACUGUAAGAGAAUGGAGUUGAGGGUUCCUCAGCUACCUACCUGUGUGAUCUGAACAUGUUUAUGCACAUGUUAAAUUAUUUCUGUUUUCUAUCAAUAUUUUCCUGUUAUUGUGAAGGUGUAUUCCUGUGACUGACUUCCUCCAUGUGUCCUCUGUGUCCUGCAUCAGGCCCAAGAAGCUGCGGUUUCACCCCAAGCAGCUGUUUAUCUCUGCUAAACAGGGGGAAAUACAGAAGGUCUUGCUCAUGCUGGGUGAGGGAGAUAACUUUUAACUAAGAUCUCAAUGGGCUAUGAUGGCCAUAUUAAACAAUCAACAAAAACGUCAUUAUCCGGUCAGGUUUUUGUGAAUAACAAAUGUCCCUCUGUAUCCCUGUCCACCAGUGGAUGGGAUAGACCCUAACUUUAAGAUGGAGAGCCAGAGCAGGCGCACCCCCCUCCAUGUGGCAGCUGAGGCAGGCCACCAGGAGAUCUGUCACCUGCUGGUUCAGGUGAGGCUUGGCUAUGGUUCCCACUGGGAGUGGAUGAGUGAAGGGGUAGACAAUGCAUUACAUGGACAUGCAUAGAAACCAAGCUUUUCAGCAUGGGUUAAAUGGCAUCAGUUGCCUCACCAGCUUAUUAUGUUGUACAUAUAUUGACGUCUUAUAGUGGAUCAUUAUAAUCGGACAAUCAUCAAAAUCUUAUCAUGGACCAAUUUCAAUAGUAUUGAUGAGUAAAUCAGAGUAGAUUGAUCUAGUAGUUUUGGUCUGUCCCUCCCUCCCUACCAGUCUGGUGCUAACCUGGACAUCUGUGAUGAGGACCAGCGCACGCCCCUGAUGGAGGCCUGUGAGAACAACCACCUGGAGGCAGUCCGCUACCUGCUGAGGGCAGGAGCCAUCGCCAGCCACAAGGUGGGUUCACCAACCCCCUCUAACACCACAACAACACACAUACCUCAUUCUCCAAAGAGGCUUCAUUAGUCUAUAUUUCCAUAGGGGCAGUGGAUUUGAUGUUGCUGUAUGUAACUCAAGUGCCAUUCUUGUUUUAGGCUUACAGUGAGGGAAAAAAGUAUUUGAUCCCCUGCUGAUUUUGUACGUUUGCCUACUGACAAAGACAUGAUCAGUCUAUAAUUUUAAUGAUAGGUUUAUUUGAAUAGUGAGAGACAGAAUAACAACAACACAAAUUCAGAAAAACGCAUGUACACAUUUUUAUUAAUUGAUUUGCAUUUUAAUGAGGGAAAUAAGUAUUUGACCCCUCUGCAAAACAUGACUUAGUAUCUGGUGGCAAAACCCUUGUUGGCAAUCAGAGGUCAGACGUUUCUUGUAGUUGACCACCAGGUUUGCACACAUCUCAGGAGGGAUUUUGUCCCACUCCUCUUUGCAGAUCUUCUCCAACUCAUUAAGGUUUCGAGCCUGACGUUUGGCAACUCGAACCUUCAGCUCCCUCCACAGAUUUUCUAUGGGAUUAAGGUCUGGAGACUGGCUAGGCCACUCCAGGACCUUAAUGUGCUUCUUCUUGAGCCACUCCUUUGUUGCCUUGGCCGUGUUUUGGGUCAUUGUCAUGCUGGAAUACCCAUCUACGACCCAUUUUCAAUGCCCUGGCUGAGGGAAGGAGGUUCUCACCCAAGAUUUGACGGUACAUGGCCCCGUCCAUCGUCCCUUUGAUGCGGUGAAGUUGUCCUGUCCACUUAGCAGAAAAACACCCCCAAAGCAUAAUGUUUCCACCUCCAUGUGUGACGGUGGGCAUGGUGUUCUUGGGGUCAUAGGCAGCAUUCCUCCUCCUCCAAACACGGCGAGUUGAGUUGAUGUCAAAGAGCUCGAUUUUGGUCCCAUCUGACCACAACACUUUCACCCAGUUCUCCUCUGAAUCAUUCAGAUGUUCAUUGGCAAACAUCAGACGGGCCUGUAUAUGUGCUUUCUUGAGCAGGGGGACCUUGCGGGCGCUGCAGGAUUUCAGUCCUUCACGGCGUAGUGUGUUACCAAUAGUUUUCUUGGUGACUAUGGUCCCAGCUGCCUUGAGAUCAUUGACAAGAUCCUCCCGUGUAGUUCUGGGCUGAUUCCUCACCGUUCUCAUGAUCAUUGCAACUCCACGAGGUGAGAUCUUGCAUGGAGCCCCAGGCCGAGGGAGAUUGACAGUUAUUUUGUGUUUCUUCCAUUUGCGAAUAAUCGCACCAACUGUUGUCACCUUCUCACCAAGCUGCUUGGCGAUGGUCUUAUAGCCCAUUCCAGCCUUGUGUAGGUCUACAAUCUUGUCCCUGACAUCCUUGGAGAGCUCUUUGGUCUUGGCCAUGGUGGAGAGUUUGGAAUCUGAUUGAUUGCUUCUGUGGACAGGUCUUUUAUACAGGUAACAAACUGAGAUUAGGAGCACUCCCUUUAAGAGUGUGCUCCUAAUCUCAGCUCGAGCCAGAAAUCUUUCUGAUUGAGAGGGGGUCAAAUACUUAUUUCCCUCAUUUAAAAUGCAAAUCAAUUUAUAACAUUUUUUACAUGCGUUUUUCUGGAUUUUUUGUUAUUGUUAUUCUGUCUCUCACUGUUCAAAUAAACCUACCAUUAAAAUUAUAGACUGAUCAUUUCUUUGUCAGUGGGCAAACGUACAAAAUCAGCAGGGGAUCAAAUACUUUUUUCCCUCACUGUAGGUAAUAGUGUUUUGAUAGCCAACUAACAGGGCUUGCAUGCUAUGUGGAGUGUUGCAUUGUAUUACAGUGGUACAGAUCUUAUGACUGUCGCAGUGUGUUGACUCCCUUCUGUUCUCCAGGAUGUGGAGGGGUUCACUUGUCUCCACCUAGCUGCUAAGAUUGGCCAUUAUAACAUCGUGGAGCAUCUCCUCUCCACAGGACUCAUAGACAUCAACUGUCAGGUGAGUUCUGCUUUUUUUCAUUCAUGAACCAGUGAAACACAAAUUCAGUGAGCAUAACCGUAAUUCUGCACAAUGUUUAGUCCCUCAAGAUGAUUAUAGCUUAGCAUGGCUUGUGUUGGUUGUACCACUGAAGUAAAUCAGAACCAGGAGUGCUUUAAUGUUAAUCCAGUUCUAUUUUCCUCUGGCCUGUGUUUGUGUUGUGCCCUCACUAGUAGCCUUUCCGUAGGGUUCUGACUAGGGCUGUUGCGGUGACCGUAUUAUCACCACACCGGCGGUCACGAGUCAUGAAGCAGUCAAAUUCCAUGUGACUGUUUAGUCACGGUAAUUAGGCUUCUCCAAGCUCUGAUGCUGCUGAUGGCCAUUAGUAGCCUACCAAACAUGCUAACUGCCUGGUACUCAGCACUCUAUUGUCCCUCUAAUCACUCUGACAUCAAUUCAAAUGUAAUCGACAAUCUAAUCAAACACUUAAUGAGAGCCCAUGAGCUCAUGUUGCGCAACAUUUCUAUAGGCUAUGCAAUUGCGUGAGAAAACAGAGUGAUGGCCUCUACUAAAAAGAAGAUCCCAUCAGCUUUAUUUAGGCUUACUAUAUUUAUUUCUCAACAUUCUUAAUCAUAUCAAAUUUUAUUGGUCACAUACACAAAAAUUUUUUGUAUGUUAUUGCCGGUGUAGUGAAAAGCUUGUGUUCCUAGCUCCAACAGUGCAGUAGUAUCUAACAACACACACAAAUCUAAAAGUAAAAUAAUGGAAUUAAGAAAUAUUUAAAUAUUAGGACGAGCAAUGUCGGAGUGGCAUUGACCAAAAUACAGUAGAAUAGAAUACAGUAUAUACGUAUGAGAUGAGUAAAGCAGUAUGUAAACAUUAGUGACUAGUGUUCCAUUAUUAAAGUGGCCAGUGAUAAUAUGAAGCACAUUACUUAUCUUUACAACAGGAGUAUACCCUACCUGGCUGGCAUGAAAAUGAACCACGGGAAAAGCGUCCUCCAUUCGCUAUUUAAGUGCAUAGAUGACAUUUAUUUUUUCCCACUGCCUCUGUUUCAAGAUAGGUGCAUGCUAAUGGUCCAUUCUAAAUCAAAACAAAUUUCACACAUAUAUUAUUUACUUUAUGUAAAGACCAGAUUAAAUCAAGAAUAGUCUGAUGGGUGACAGUAUUAGCCGAUCACUUGUGAAUUAUAUAUUAUCACUUGUGAGUAAUGCCCAGCAUAAGAAACAAUGCCUUUUUUUGUGACUUUUUCUAAUCAUAGUCGCACACCUCAUGUAGCCUAGCCCAUAGGCCUAUAUGUUUUAAUAAGGUUUGUAUCACAACUAAAGUGGCCAAAUAACUUCUUAAAAUUAAGCACAUUAAUCGGCUUUACAAGGGGUCUAGAGCCUAACUGGCAUGCAUAAGUGUUUCAAGUUUGGGGAAGAUCAUUUUCACCAUAAAAAUGCACCUUUAUAAUAAAAACAUUACAUGCAUAAUCGCAUUUGCGGUCACUUUUGAUAAUGGUGUUUUCCUGCUAAUGGAACGUUCGCGCUUAUAGCCUACUGCCAUGUGCGCAUUGCUGCGCUUAUAAUGUCAAGAAAUGGCCUAAUAGUUUAUCAACAUUUUAAGCUAAACGUUUGCUGUUCGUUAGGCCUACUCAUCUUGUUGGCUGACGAUAUCUUCAAUAUGCACCUCGGAAUUGGAUAAGGACGCGCGCAGUUGCGUCUCAGAUGUGUCUGUCUUCACUUGUAGCCUGUGAGAAAGACCCGAUCACGUGAUGGAGAACCAUGUGAGUGAGCGGUGGUUCGGAGCGCGCAGCACUCCCGGCCAAGGGCACAACGGCCACUGGCUGCAAAAGGCAUUGAUUCUUUUAGUGAUGCAUUACGGCCACACAAAGGGGAUGCCACCGGGAAAUUUGAGGCAUUAUCAAGUGCUUGUCAAAUUGUGAAUGAGAGACUGUGUGUGUACAGCCUGCGCAAAAAAACUAAGCAGAGCUCAUGCCUUUCAAGCAAGUUUUUUUCUAAUCGUCAUUAGUCGCAUCAUGCAGCCUUACAAUGUAUUAAAAAUCUAAACAUAUAGGCCAACGUUUGUAGAACAACUAAAGUUACAUUAAUAACUCUAAAUUAAGCAUAUAGGAGUACCUAUUUCUUUGUUAACUGCUCAACACAGAAUAGCCACGUGCGCACUCAAAUCGUUUGUAGAAAUUAUCAUUUCUAUUUUAUUCAGCUUUGUUAAAUUGUAGUCUUCAUACUAUAAAAUAAUGCCACGGAAUUCUAAGCAAAUCUUGUCUGCUAAAUGAACUAGUGUAGCCCAAAGCCAUUUGGCAUAGCCAGAUCAGGACCUAACAUAAGGACAACUCAGAGUAUGCUAUUCUGUUCUUCUGAAAUAGGUCUAAAGAAGCAUGAUAUGUUCUAUCUAAAAUAAAUAAUGGGUUUAUUGUGAAGGUGUAGGCUAUAUUACAUGGAUUUAUUUGACUUUUUUAAAUGUAGAUGUUCCAAAUGUUUGCAUCAGUGGCUUGUAGGAUAUGUGUGGAAGCCAGGAGAUGCUAAAUGUGUUUAUGUUAAUUAACGGUCAAUUACCGUGAAACCGACAGUUAUUUGCUUGACAAUCACCGGCUGACGGAAUUUCGUGACCGCCACAGCCCGAGGUCUGACUCUCCUCUCGGUGGGUGUGCUGCUCCCAUCUGCUCCACAUGGGGUCCUAAGGGUUUCCUCUUACAUUGUAGCCGCUGUAGAAUGAUCAGUUCUUUCUCAGCAUGCGUUAGUUAAGAUUACAACCCCAUUGGCUACCCUGCUGACAUGACAGCCAAUUUGUUUGUGUAAAGCUACUGAGCAAGUUGACGUUGACCUCCUCUAUUCUGGCCAUCUCUAAAACGGUUGUUUCUCUUUGCCUCAAAAAUGUAUCUGAUAUCAAGGUCGUGUGGCAGAAAUGCUCCAGCAUUUCAAAAGGAGAUAUCCUUCGUCCUUUGUGUGCCUCCAUCAAAGGCCCUCUGAGGCCAUAUGCCUGUGGGACUGCAGAGUUUAGAACCCGAGUAUGGUAUUUGAUGUCCUCUAUUUGAAGUGGUUGACCUUGCUGCAGGUAUUGAUCCAUUAUGGCAGGAAUGAUGUCAUGGCAGUCCAUGUCCUUGUGGUAAUACAUCCUCCUCAACCUCUUAUAAUAUCUCUUGGAGGUUAGUUACAAUGAUCAUUGUUAUAUCCAGGACAUUGAAGCAAUCCCAUGCUGUAGGGGCCCGUUCUUAAAGCUGUCAUGUGUUACUCUUUCUAGGACGAUGGCGGUUGGACGGCUAUGAUUUGGGCAACAGAGUAUAAGCACCUAGAGCAGGUGAAGAUGCUGCUCAAUAAAGGGGCUGACAUCAACAUCAGGGACAAGGUCAGUAGCUAGGGGUAACCAAGGGUCCUCAUGACCUCACACAAGCCAAAUUGUUUUUGUUUCAAUUACUUGUUGUGUCUAUGACUUUGUUGUGUCUAUGACUUUGUUGUGUCUAUGACUUUGUUGUGUCUAUGACUUUGUUGUGUCUAUGACUUUGUUGUGUCUAUGACUUUGUUGUGUCUAUGACUUUGUUGUGUCUAUGACUUUGUUGUGUCUAUGACUUUUUCGUCUCUAUGACUUUGUUGUGUCUGACUGAAUUUGCUAACUGUUGUCUGUUUGUAGGAGGAGAACAUCUGUCUCCACUGGGCGGCGUUCUCUGGCAGUGUGGAUAUUGCUGAGCUCCUCCUAGAGGCCAAGUGUGACCUCCAUGCUGUCAACAUACACGGGGACUCCCCUCUGCACAUCGCUGCACGGGAGAACAGGCUCGAAUGUGUCACGUGAGUAGAGGUUGAGGGGAUAUGGCUCUGGUGAUUCAGCAAUAAGUAAUAUAAUCUCCAUCUAUAGCACUGCUGUGGCUGUAGCAUCCAUUAUAAUAACCGAGGCUAUAGCCAUAUCAGGACUAUUCCAUCUAGUACAGUUAAGUGAUGGUGUUGAAGGCUAUGGUCUGUGGCCCCUCAGGGUCUUCCUGUCUCGUGGGGCGGAUGUCAACCUGAAGAACCGUGAGGGGGAGACGCCGCCAGACUGCUGCAGCCACAGUUCCAGGGUCUGGCUCACCCUGCAGACUAACAGGAGGGUGAAGGAGGCCAGGAGCAGCACCCAGGGGGAGAAGGUCCUUAACAGGUAGAAUUCCUUGAUCUCCAUCUCUCUCUCAAUAAUCUCAUCCAUUUCUCUCACACAUGUACCUUUCUGAUUCUCUGGUAAUGCAUGGUACCCUUUCUACCCUUUCCUCUCUACUUGUGGCUACCUCUUUUUGACUGAUUGUCAAGUAUAAUAUAAUAUCCACUGGGACCUGAGCCUCCAACCUUCUGCUGACCAGUACAUCUUUCACCACAGAGACAUAGCCCGGGGGUAUGAGGGAGUUCCAGUCCCCUGUGUCAACUCAGUGGACAGUGAGCCCUGUCCGGACAACUACAAAUAUGUCCCAGACAACUGUGUCACCUCCCCCAUGAACAUAGACAAGAACAUCACACACUUACAGGUGGGUCAUGUCACUGGAUAGACCAGGGGUCUCCAGUAGCUCGCAGCCCACAUAUGAGUAGCACGCCAAACAAUUCUGAAAGUACAUGCAAUUUUUUACGUUUUCCACAGCAUACUGUCAUAAACAAAUAUCACAAGUAUCAACACCACAAGCUCCCAGCUACUAUCUAAUCAACGCAACAUUGACAUUAUACCACCCCUGGUUAGCCACUAUUGGCUUAAAAAGCCAAACCUAACACAAAAUCUGCCAAUUAAUUUCCAGCAAUAUUGCCUCUGUCUGUGUGGUGCGCGUGUUUGUCUAUCACUCUGUGUGUAGCCAGUUGAUGUAAUAACCUCUUGUGGGUUGACAGAAGUACUUUCCCCAAAACCUUCUCAAUUAAAUGUUAACUGCCAGUAGGCUUACCUGGCAGAAGUAUAUCAUGAGUAAGUAUAUCAUUUGAAUCUAUUAUUUGUUAUUUGCAAACUUUGCCAUGAAAUGAGUACAGACCGGCACAUUCCUCACUAGAUGCGCAAUUAAAGGGCCAGAUGCACAAUUAAAGGGUAAUUGCACUCAAAAUGUGUUUGUUUUCAUCCAGACCUAAAAUAAAUAGUCUUCUGAUGUGAUUUAAGCAUUGACAUGGACGCAGAACAUCCAAUUUCGUUGUUUUAUGAGUGAAAAACUAAAAUAUCAAACCAGGAAAAAUACAACUGAGAACAUAAUUUGGGAAAAUAUAAAACAUAAUUUAGGGGAAAAAAUCACAGAUUUUAUAGGGCCCCCCUUAGUUGUUUAUUAACCAUUAUUUUACCAGGUAUAUUGACAGAAAACACAGUGCACUAUAUCUUGUACACUAAGGACCCAGGGAAGAGUUGCAGGAGAGAGGAGAAGAAUGUGCCUAUUUGAAAGCUAGAAAAAAAUGUGUAGCUCUCGACAUGCUUCGUUUUUUAAAAGUAGCUCUCAUGCUAGAAAAGGUUGGAGACCCUUGGAAUAUACCAUCCUAUAGUUGAUCAUACUUCAUGGCCUGAAAGAUGAAAUUAUAAUUUCGUUCUCUCUGCGGUCCACAGUACUGUGUGUGUAAAGACGACUGCUCCUCAAGCAGCUGCAUGUGUGGCCAGCUUAGCCUGCGCUGUUGGUAUGACAAGGUAAGUCUGAACACUUCAGUAUCACUUUUGUUGACAAGGUGCUGGUCUCUAAUGAUCGUCAUGUCUAUUCCAUGACCGUUCUCAGGAUGGUCGUCUGCUCCCGGAGUUCUGUCGUGAGGAACCGCCCCUCAUCUUCGAGUGUAACCACGCCUGUUCCUGCUGGAGAACCUGCAAGAACCGUGUGGUGCAGAACGGACUGAGGUACCUCCAAUUUCCUGUCUCUACAUUCUACCAUAUUUUUACAACCAAACCAACACUCCUCAACCCUAUUGAUGAGAACAUCUAGAUCAGAAAAAUGUAUUUCAUUGACUCAGUCAAACAGCAACCACUCAUUUGGAAGUUGUAAUGCAUCUGACAUCCCAAAAUGCAUGUUGGGAAAAUGUGUUUGCGAGGUGAGUGUGUUAGAACAUCCAUGCUGAAGGAGUGUGUUUGUUUUCAGGGUCCGGCUCCAGCUGUUCCGGACCAGUCGUAUGGGCUGGGGGGUGCGGACACUGCAGGAAAUUCCCCAGGGAACCUUUGUGUGCGAGUGAGUCCCAGACAUACCCCUUUCACAAUGCAUAGUUUGGCUUUAUUUUACAGAACGUUCACCAAGUUCUUAGAUGAUUUCCCAUUCAAUGUCAUGUGUGCAUGGUGCUGCAUUGCUAUUUGUGAUGUUGAUGGGUCCCUGACCUCACUUCCUGUCCACAGGUACGUGGGGGAGAUAAUCUCUGACGCUGAAGCAGAUGUCAGGGAAAACGACUCCUACCUGUUCAACCUAGACAGCAAGGUAGGGAUCAGUGCUCAUAAAUCUCGCUGGCUAACUUUAGGACAAAUCCAAAAUGUAACUCGGUAUCUCAACUUGGGCCACUGUAAUUGCAGUGGUUUCUGCUGUGCUUUGCAGGCAGGUUUCAAUCUGUUACCCAGUGAUAAAUAAAUUUUAUUCUUGUCUCUUGAGGCCUUUCCUGUUGUGGUUUCUUAAACACUCUGCUAUUCUUCUGAUCAUUAUCUUACUUUGUUAUUCUGUGUGAUAUCUCUGUCCGUGAAGAAUUACCACUACAGCUGACGCAGAGCCUGCUUUAUUCAUUAUGAUCAAUUGAUGUGUGUUCUUUGGUCGCAGGAGGGUGACGUGUACUGUAUCGACGCCCGUUUCUAUGGCAACAUCAGCCGGUUCAUCAACCACAUGUGCGAGCCGAACCUGUUCCCCUGCCGGGUUUUCACGGCACACCAGGACCUGCGCUUCCCCCAUAUCGCCUUCUUCGCCUGCGAGACCAUCAAGGCUGGGGAAGAGCUAGGGUAAGGGUCAUUUAAUAUGCUUUACUUGACACAAGGUCAAGUUAUUACCAGUCUUUGGAAGUUAUUACCCUGUAUGCAUAUUUAAGUUUGUCAUUCUAUGUUUUUUAAGCCUUUCAUAAAUUUUUUUAGCAUGCCUUUGUUCACCCUGAAAUCAGGAUUAGGUAGCUUGAUUCUAGAUGCAUCUAACUCGCUCUUUCUGUCCCAACGCUCCUCUCUCAGGUUUGACUACGGCGACCAUUUCUGGGACAUUAAGGGGAAGCACUUUAGCUGUGAGUGCAGCUCUCCCAAGUGCAAGUACUCAGCGGCGGUCAUCACCCUGCGCCAGGCAGACAGCUCGCCCCAGGACCAGCAGCCCAGCACCCUCUCUACCACCCCCUCCUGAGCCUCCUCUCCCAGCCCCACAAAUAGGACUUCCAGGCCAGCGGAGACAUGUCUCCAUUCCCCCCCAAACACAAUCCCCCCCCCCAGGCCAUGAGCCGUACAUACCCAGACACCCCACCUCCACCCCCAGGUGAACCAUCACCACAAUGAACCUUCAGGCCCAUCACUGAGAUCAACGAUCAACCCCACAGAAACCCACCUGCUUAAUGUCUCAUCCAGCUCUUACAUCACAUCCUUACCAGCACAAACUCUGAACUUCUACUGAAACUCCCCCUCAGUGCAGGACACAUUGGACAGGAAGCAAGUCUGUAUGUUCGUGUGUCUGAAGCGCUAUGAAUAAAAAUGUUGGAGAAAAAAGGCCUUGCUAUGAGCCUAGCUCUUGUGUUGUUGGUUCCAAAUGGAAUUCUCAAACCUGCUUUGUGCUCUAUCCUGGAAAGUUGCAAUCUGGGUAAUGGUGUUUCCUAGCCAGUGGUCUGAAUCAAGUUUGUACUAAGCAACAAUGUAUAUCUAUCCAUGAAAAACAUUUUCACAGUGCGAAAGGCAUUUGUAGCAUGAGCGCCCUUACCCCCUCACAUCAUACCAUAGAAAUGAGCAAUGUUCAUGCACAAUUUAUAACAACUGACGUAUUUACCUCAUGCUAUAUUUUGAUUGCAAACAGGACAGAGGACUUAAGUCACAAUCGUAUGUUUUUACUGGACUACUUCUCUUGAGCAUUUCUGCAGGAAAAUAAUGGUCAGUGCUAGAUAUCAAUGAUAAAAAACAGACUUUUGAAUUAUCACUUUAUAUUUAAAUAAUACAAUUUUAAAUCACAUUUUCUAUACAGAAUAACAUUAAGCCGAGUGUAUUGUAUACAGAACAUCAGAUAUCAGGUUAUGGAAAGAGAACUAUCAAUUUAAAGUCAAUGAGGACACUGACCAAUCAUCUCACUGUUCUGUUCAGAGGGGGUAAAGUAGACCACACAGGAGUGGCAGAUUAUCUUCUCCGUUAUCUGGCAUGAAUUCUUCAAGACAAUGGUCCUUUUCUAUUAGCUAUUUGUCUAAUGGAAACUGAGUAUAUGUGUAUAUGAAGGAUGGUGUGACAUUGAAUGGCCAAACUAAGGGUGUCAUGAUUGAGGAAUCCGGUGCACAAGUGUUUAGGUGGGAGUUGUACAGUUUGCCAUACUGUACCUGCAAAAUUAAAGCAGAUGGAUUUUUUUUUUUAUCUGCAAGAUUUUUAAGCAUGUUUGAGGCUGACUCACUCUUUUGAACGUUGAGUCAAAAAUAUUAAUUUGCCACAAUUCUGACGGCUUUAAAUGGGAUUGAAUGUUAAUGGGGUGAGACUCAAGCAAAUGGUGCUGACAAGGUUUUCUUUUCCGUUAUUAAUUUUGUAUUACUCACCAAGUGAAUACAAGUUGUAAAAUAAGAUAAAGAAGCAAGCUUUUCUUUUUUACAUUUAAAUGUACCUCCAGUUUUCUAACUGUAGUUACUGUAGUUAUUAGCCUGUUAAAAUUUUGUUCCAUUAUUUCAUGUUGAUGGAAACCUACACAUUAUUCCCAUGUCUUUAAAUGUGGUUAGUAUGGUUAGUGACUCUUGUGCAAAUUUUCAAAGGUAUGAAAAUAAAAAGGUUAUAAAACAUGAAAAAUGUAUCCAUGUUUUCUGGACUGUGAAACGUCUAAUUGGUUGUAUCUUUCUUUUUCAAUAAAUGUACUACUAAUGGAUAUGGCUGCCAGGUUUUAUUUACAGAGCAAAAUGAGGGAG